CAAGAGUCCACAAAGCCACCAAGCAGUACGAUUGUUGUGAAAUCCUCCAGGAUGCGUUGGGAGGACUUCCGCCGUGCUGCAAAUGCAAGUACAAGCACUCGACAUGGAGAGGAUUGACCAAACACACAUCAGACGACAUUGCCUCGUGCCCGAACUGAUCAAUCCUGGGUGGCUCUGUGAAGCGCAUCGUAGAAUUCUCCCCUGAAGCGCGCUUCGGUGCAUAAGCUCUGACAAAAGAGCCGGACUGAAGCUUGCAAUGCCCUGCAUCUCAAUCCGUUUUUGAUCGCGGCGUAAAGCCUAAACAAACACCUGGUCCUCUGGUCCAUUGGUUCGUUGGCGUUUUUUUGGUCCAUUGCCCCCUCAUCCUUUGGUUCACUGGUCGCUUUCAAAAACCCUGUAGUCCUUUUCCUUUUCGUUGCUCACUGGGAUUUUUUGUUCUAAGUUUUUCCUAUUUCUUCUUUGAUGGUGCUCUAUAUUUUGGAUCCCUCACCCCCGAAUACCCCCGACCAACGGCAGGGGGGAAACAAAUUUAGAAAUUGGAGGCCGAGAGAGGGAAUGUUGACUACGCUUGGAACAGAUUUGAUUGCAAUUUUUAGGUGGUAGUGGGCAUGCAGCGCUGAGAGGUCUGAAAGCACCAUGAGACCAUGAGGUAACAGCGCUUGCCCGUACAUGGCGGGGGAAGAUAUCGUUUCGUUGAGAAAGGAUCUGUGCUCCGCAGCCCGUGAAUGUUGUGGCUGUGCGAGGCAUGAACUGGUCGGUGAGUUGAACUUGAUCGAGGGGUCGAUGACUGUGAGAACAACAAAGAAGACAUGGGAUCCAUACAUCAUCGUCAAGGCCAGGGAUAUGAUCAAACUUUUGGCAAGAAGUGUGCCACUGCCACAAGCAAAGAAAGUCUUGGAUGAUGAGGUGUAUUGCGACAUCAUGAAGAUUGGAGGCUUGGUCAGGUCAAAAGAGCGCUUUGUGAAACGACGCCAGCGUCUUGUUGGACCCAACGGGUCCACUCUGAAGGCCAUCGAGCUAUUGACACAAUGCUUUGUCCUUGUUCAAGGGCAAACCGUGUCCAUCAUGGGGUCGAUCAAGGGCAUCAAGCAGGUCCGCAGAAUAGUGGAAGAUUGCUUUCACAACAUUCAUCCGAUCUAUCACAUCAAGGAGUUGAUGAUUCGACGAGAACUGGAAAAGGAUCCCGAAUUGAAGAAUGAAAAUUGGGAGCGCUUUCUCCCACAUUUCAAAAACCGGAAUGUGCAGCGCAAGAAGUUGAAGACGAAAAAGGCCAAGAAGAAGACGAAAGAUGUUUUUCCACCUCAACCAGCACCAAGAAAAGAGGACCUGCAGAUGGAGUCGGGGGAGUUCUUUCUCAACGAAAAAGAACGGCAACUCAGACAAAGGAUCGCAAAACGCGAGGCUCAACAAGCCAAAAGUGCUGAGAAGAGAAGAGAGCGCGCAAAGGAGUACGAGCCACCGGUGCCCAAAGCGAAGAAACCGAAGAAGGCAAGUGAAGAGAGUGCCAAGGAGAUUGCCCAACGGUUGGCCAGGAAGGCGCAGGUGAACUCCAGCAAAAAACGACCAGCCUCUGAUUUGCUCCUUUAAAUUGCUGGCGCUGCAUGUGGCA